AUGGCUGCCGAACCACCGUCACUCGAAGAACUUCUCGAAAAGAAGAAACAAGAAGAAAAUGAAUUAGCAAAGCCGAAAUUUCUGUCUAAAGCGGAACGAGCUGCACUGGCUUUGAAAAGAAGAGAAGAAGAGGUUGCGAAAAUUCGUGAAGCUCAAAAGCAAGCUGAAGACGCUAGAAAGAAUUGGGGUCGAGCUGAAAAACCGGCAGACGAUAGAAAAGAACGAGAUAAUGGAAGACUGGAUCGUGGCGGUGAUAGAGGAAUGGAUCGGGGCGGUGAUCGAGACAGAGACAGGGACCGUGAUCGUAGACGUGACCGUCGGGAUAGGAGCAGAUCUCCUCGAGACAGAAGAAGAAGCAGAAGCCGGGAUCGUGAUGGAAGACGUCGAGACCGAAGUCGCAGUAAGGAUCGAAGAGACCGGAAAGAUGAUCGGAAGAGAGACAGAAAUGAUGAUAGUGAUCAGGAAGAUGAUACUGGAAAAAUGGCAGAUGCAGUGAAAGACAGAUAUCUUGGGAAGCAGAAAGAGAAAAAGAAGAGAGGAAGAAGACUCCAUGAGAAGAAGUUUGUGUUCGAUUGGGAUGCAGGAGAAGAUACUUCGCAAGAUUAUAACAAAUUAUAUCAAAGUCGACACGAAAUUCAAUUCUUUGGAAGAGGAUCUGUAGCUGGCAUGGAUGUGAAUGCACAGAAAAAAGAGAAGAAUUCAUUCUACCAAGAAAUGAUGGAACAUCGAAGAACUGAAGAUGAAAAAGAACAAGAAAAGUCUCGUCUUGAGAAGGAAUUGAAGAAAGAAAAGAAGGUGGCUCACGAUGAUCGACACUGGAGAAUGAAGGAAUUAUCUGAGAUGACUGACAGAGAUUGGCGUAUUUUCCGAGAGGAUUUCAAUAUUUCAAUUAAAGGAGGCAGAGUUCCACGUCCUCUUCGUAAUUGGGAGGAAGCUGGUUUCCCAUCCGAAGUAUAUCAAGCAGUCAAAGAAAUCGGCUACAUGGAACCAACUCCAAUUCAAAGACAAGCUAUUCCUAUCGGACUUCAAAAUCGUGAUGUGAUUGGAGUCGCUGAAACUGGAUCUGGUAAAACUGCUGCAUUCUUGUUACCACUUUUGGUUUGGAUCACAAGUCUUCCAAAAAUGGAACGCCAAGAGCAUCGUGAUCUCGGUCCAUAUGCUAUUAUUAUGGCACCAACAAGAGAACUAGCUCAACAAAUUGAAGAAGAAACCAACAAAUUUGGAAAACUUCUUGAUAUCAAAACUGUCUCUGUUAUUGGAGGAGCCAGCAGAGAAGAGCAAGGAAUGAAACUUCGUAUGGGAGUGGAAGUUGUCAUUGCAACACCCGGACGUCUUCUAGAUGUGCUUGAGAAUCGAUAUCUCCUUCUUAAUCAGUGCACGUAUGUUAUUCUCGACGAGGCUGAUCGUAUGCUUGACAUGGGUUUUGAACCAGACGUACAAAAAGUUCUUGAGUACUUGCCAGCUUCGAAUAUGAAGAAGGAUACUGAUGAAUUUGAUAACGAAGAAGCAUUGAUGAAAGGUUUUCAAACAAGACAAAAGUACCGUCAAACUGUUAUGUUCACUGCAACAAUGUCACCAGCUAUUGAAAGACUUGCACGUCAGUAUUUGAGAAGACCUGCUGUUGUUCAUAUUGGAUCUGCUGGUAAACCAACUGAAAGAGUUGAACAAAUCGUCUACAUGGUUACAUCAGAGCGCAAAAAGAAGAAGUUGAUUGAUAUUCUUAUGGUUGAAACAGAUCGUCCAAUCAUCAUUUUUGUCAAUCAGAAGAGAGGAGCAGACGUGUUGGCUAAAGGACUCGUGAGCGUCAAUCCUGAAUUCAGGGCCAGCGUUCUUCACGGAGGAAAAGGCCAAGAAGCAAGAGAAUACGCUUUACAAUCACUUAAAAGUGGAGAAUCGAAGAUUCUUGUGGCUACUGAUGUGGCUGGAAGAGGUAUCGAUAUCAAGGACGUCGCAUUGGUUAUCAACUACGAUAUGGCCAAAACGAUUGAGGAUUACACUCACAGAAUUGGAAGAACUGGUACGUAUCUUUGGGUAAAGUUUUCUGCACUCUUUCGAUUUUUAGAAAUGAUUUCCUUUAUAAUUAUGAUCAUCUUCUUCAUUCCACUCAGAUACUUAUUUUAA